CAGUUUUCUCGCGGCUGCCGUUGAGUACGCAUCGCAUCUCGUUACGUUCGUGUUUGGUUUUACGAUCGCGAUCGGUAGUUGGCUUUCGAAGCUUCCUAAGCUGCGUCUCUUAGCAAACGAUCGGCAAUCAGUGUACAACCGUGAAACCUAGCGCAUUAAGACCGAGAGGUUCUGAUCUGAGCGAGCAUUUGAACAUCGCCGUCUGUUACGAUUGGUUGGUUCGACGUACUCCCGGUUCUAAUUAGCAUACACAUUGGAGAUACUGUGUCCAGCACGCAACAUACACGAAAGCAAGCGAACAGAGAGCACCAGUACAGAUACGCUCCUUGCAGUAUCCAGCAGCAUCCAGCGAACGCUCCUCCAGAAUCCCCGUUAUUCCCGGGCCGGCCACGAGAGAACCCGGCCACGAUCGCUGCCGCGUCGUGACCUAUCUUUGGGCGAGCGAGAAAAAGGGUUAUCGUAGUGAGAGAGUUCCUGUUCGCCGAGGGUUACAGCUUGCGAUCGUCGCAAUCGCGUUCAGCAUUAUCUCCCCUCGCUCCAUUCCAUCGUGUCCAUCGAAAACGACUUUAUCACUUAUCAUCCUGCCGGCAACGAGUGUAAAUAAGUGAAGCAGUGAACCGAAACCUCGCCCAUCCGGUGCGUGUCUGGACAGUAAGAGAGUGACCCCCCAGCGGCGGUAGAGGCCAGUGGAACAGGGACUCUCGGGAAGCCGAUCGUUGCGAAUUCGUACGCGAAACAGCGAAAGCAACCGCAGUUGCGCCGCAAAAGGAGAAAGAAGUGGCUCGCGCGCGCCCGCGUACACGAUCGUGUACGUAUCCCCCUCGUGUUUUAUACACCCUGUUUGAAAGUGCGCGCUAAACUCGUUUUAUUUCCGUUAAUGUUUCGAUAACUGGCCGGAUAAGCAGCAGCAGCGGCAGAGCAGUGUCCAACAGGCAGAGCGAAACAACUCCUUAAAAGCGCUUUUUCGAGUGCAGACGAUCGGAAGUGGUGUGUUGUUUGUGUUCUUUCUCUUCAGAUAGAGCUUUUGAGCAUAAAUAUCAUUUGGUUUACAAAGCAUCGAAGCACCAGUACCCAAAGGAUCCCAAAUCUUGGAAGGACAUCAGUGACAAAACAGAACGCAAACAGAAUGACAUUUCGUAAAAGUAAAGGAGGAACAGCAGUGGGAGCUAUGAUCGAAGCGUCUCGACAUUGUCUAACGACCGUCCGGCCUGUCGUCCUAUUGGCCCUGUUGUCCCUUGCCCUGCUACCGGCACACAUCCACAGUCUCGAGAACGGACUCGCCCGGACACCACCGAUGGGAUGGCUAUCCUGGGAACGGUUUCGCUGUAACACCGACUGUGAAGGCGAUCCAGAAAAUUGCAUCAGUGAGCACCUAUUCCGCACGAUGUCCGAUCUGGUGGUGAGCGAGGGCUACGCUGCCGUCGGCUACGAGUACAUCAACGUCGAUGACUGUUGGUUGGAGAAGUCGCGAGGUCCGCGCGGUGAGCUGGUGGCCGAUCGACGCCGCUUCCCCAGUGGCAUGAAGGCGCUCGCCAAUUACGUACACGCCAAGGGCCUGAAGUUUGGCAUCUACGAGGAUUACGGUAACUAUACGUGCGCCGGUUACCCGGGCAUCCUCGGCUUCUCGGCCAACGAUGCCGCUCAGUUCGCCUCGUGGGACGUCGAUUACGUGAAGCUGGACGGAUGCUACUCGCUGCCGAUCGACAUGGACCACGGUUAUCCGGAAUUUGGCCGCAAUCUCAACUCGACCGGUCGCCCCAUGGUGUACUCGUGCAGUUGGCCAGUAUAUCAGAUCUACGCCGGCAUGAAUCCAAACUAUUCGUCGAUCAUUCAGCACUGCAAUCUGUGGCGCAACUACGACGAUAUUCAGGACUCGUGGGCUUCACUCGAGAGUAUCAUUGACUAUUAUGGCAACAAUCAGGACGCGAUCAUCCCGAAUGCCGGACCGGGUCACUGGAAUGAUCCCGAUAUGCUUAUCAUUGGCAACUUUGGUCUGAGCUACGAGCAAUCGAAAACACAGAUGGCCCUGUGGGCCAUCAUGGCUGCGCCGCUCAUGAUGUCGGUCGAUCUGCGUACGAUCCGCCCAGAAUUCAAGGCCAUUCUGCAGAACCGCAAGAUCAUUGCCGUCGAUCAGGAUCCACUCGGUAUCCAGGGCCGAAGAAUUUACAAGCAUAAGGGUAUCGAGAUCUGGUCGCGACCAAUUACUCCCAUCUACCAGACGUACUACUCGUACGCGAUCGCGUUCGUCAAUCGGCGAACGGAUGGUACCCCGUCCGAUGUGGCCGUGACGCUGCGCGAGCUGGGCCUCAUUUCGCCCACUGGCUACAGGGUUGAGGAUCUGUACGAGGAGGUCGACUAUGGAAUACUGAGCCCCCAGACCAAGAUUAAGGUGAAGGUUAACCCGUCCGGUGUGGUGAUACUGCGGGCCGAUGUGCAACCGGAGCGGUUCUCCAAGAGACCGUACAAUCCGAUCUUCUAUCGCUACCCGAACUAGAGCGUUCGCCGAGCUAGUGCUCUCGGAUAACUACACAUCUGCCUCGGGCUACUACUACAACCGAUAUUCUAUUCCCAUAAAAGCGGAAGCAUUAACACAAUAUGCAUCACUUCAUUACUUGAAGCGAAAGCACACCCCGGCGAGGGGGUGAACCAGUUCAUAAACGUGAUCGUGCAAAAUCAAACAAUCAUAUCCGAUAAGGGGCACAUGACAUUUAAUGUUUUCUCUUUUUGUUAGAACUAAAUCAUUCUUGUUCCGAUAAAGAAAAUCCUAGACCCAUUGAAGGGCAAGAGCGGGUAAAUGAUCGUUAGGUGGGCAGAUGGAUUCAAGCAAUACAAUCAUGUGCCAGUUUUGUUGAAAAAUCAACAGCGCAAAGAUAACCACAAACCGUCGCUGGCCCUUUUCUCUGUUCCGCAGUGCUAGAACGAAGGGAUCGAAACGAGAAAUCCAAGCAAAGCAAUAGCUACUAAAGUUGUGCGAAACCAAUCGCUAGAAGGUGCUUACGAGAUAGGCAUUCCCGAACCGCACUCAGCCCUCUAUUGUUAACCACCGUGGAAAUAUUUUCCUUCCCUUCCAAGAAAAAUUCACGAAUUCCUCUUCCCAACGCCCUAAACCGCCAGAUAGCAUAGAGACACUACCCAAGCUGCUCCCUAUUCCCAGGAGGCGUCAGUGUCGUCUACCUGUCGCCAACUGACGCCUCCCGGUACGUGAUUAAGAUAAGGGGUUUGUACAUUGUACAUUGUAUAAUUUAUGACAAAAAAAGAGUUAAAGAAAGAGAAGGAAAGAGGGGGGAAAAGGGUGAAGAAAAAGGUUGGAACUGACUCCAGGACGACACGCAAUAUUUGAUCGAGCGAUCGAGCAGAUCGUGCGCACAAAUCUGUGUGUGAGUGUGUGUGUUUUUUUUUAAUUUUCUAGUUCCCAUUAUUACAAAAAGUAAAUCAAUUCGAAGUAUCAAAUAAAGAUAGAAUUUACACAACAA